AAAUUUCCUGUCAUUUCAAGCGUGUCUUUAAAUGAUAGUAGUUAUCACCAAGGGCGACAAAUCUUCAGACCUUAUUUCAAUUACGCACAUGGUGGCCGCAUGGUACUUGUGACGUCAUUAUGAAUUUCGUCAUAGCGUAGCCAAAAGCUGAGAACGGGGUUCUUUUUCGUUUGGACAUAGAAGAGAAAGGUUGGAGAAAAAUAUUUUAUUUUUAUUUCUAUUUGUUUUAAAUUUCUGUAAAAAAAGAAGCUAAAUUUACUUUCUUUAGAUAAAAAUGUUUUGUGCUUUGUCAGGAAAAGACUAUAGUUCAUCAGAUUUAGCUGGAAUGUAAGAUCUACAUUAAAAUAAAAAUAAAAAAAUUUGGCCUCGUGCUUAGCAAUGGAGGCAGAUCUAAAUGAAUGUUGACUGAAGAAAUAGACACGGUUUGAUAAAAACCUAUUAAAUGGGUGUAAGUAUAAUGAAAUAUUUAGCUGGACAAAUAAUUUGAGAUUAUUCCAGCUUGUCUUAUGUAGUCUAUAGGUCAAAGAAAGUUAAAGUGAUGCUGAAGCAGGUUUGCCGGCAGGGUUUUCGGACCUGGUAAUUUUCAGGCCGUAUGUUAUCGCAUUGGCAAUUAGUAUAAGAUCUACGAAAAGGCGCAUAAAAUUUUUAUAGCUGAAAACUGUUAACAUUUAUACAGUAGAUCUACUGAAGUUUAUACAAAAUAGAUUCAGACUUGCCUAAACCAAAUUCGAUAUAGUUCUAUGAUGAAUUUGCUGUUUUUGGUGUAAAUUUACAGUCUAUCUUUUAUUUUUUCAUAUAUCCUUCUGAAUGGUUUUGUAUUUGACUGAAAAAUGCCACGGAAAAGAGCACUAUUGGCGACUCAAGUCAACCAGAAAAGGGCAAAACGUAUUAGAUCUAAUAGUAAUACAGCAGGUAUGCAGCAGAAUUCUUUCGGUGUACAGUGCUCUAUGGUCACAGACAAUUCUCUAAAUAGCACUAUACAAAAUCAGACAUUGUCAUCGGAAACAAAUCCAGUCACCAGUCAGAACAUGUCUUGUUCUACAGAACAACAACAUGGAACAUGUAGUUCAUUCUCAGGUGGUCCUUCAUUCACAGGUGUUGAUAACCAGGGUAUAACACCCAAUGUGCACUGUAUCACAUCUCCUUAUUUGGGCACAUCUACAAGGGACUAUGGAUACCAAUAUAACCUUGGUUACGAACAAAAUAUUGGCACAACUCAGUACCUGGACACAACAGGUUAUUAUUAUCCACAACAUCAGACACAGACAACACAUGUUAAUUAUGGUCCAGUAUGCCAAGAUGGAAUGUACACCUAUCCCCAGGCUCAGAUAGCACCUACAUAUUGUCCAGGUGGUAAUCCAAUACAACAACAUACCUUGUGGCAACCACAGGCUCAGACUGCAUCAGCUGACCAGACUGCUAUAUCGGAAUUUGCUGCACAAGUCAACUACGUUUAUAUAUGUGCAUGUUGCAUCAACAUUGUCAUGGCUGACGUUGGAGGGGCUUUUUGAGAUCUGAUGUCUUGUUCGUGAAUAUAGGACAUUACUGCAAAGGAACAUUCAUUGUCAUGUUGCUGAAGUUAUAUAAUCAUAAUGUGUUAAGUGCAUGUUUUACAUACAUUAUAAGAAUUUCAUCAGAUCACCCUCUAAAAGAAUUAUAGUGAGAUUUACGUUAUUAUGAAAUAGACAUAUGCAUGGACAUAUACAGUGAACUUAUAACUACGGCUUAAUGUCGUGUCGGCUUAAUGUCGAUUCGUACUGUCACUUAUAACAUUACAUUAUGUUUAUGUAUAACACAUUUCAUAUAUAUUUCAUACAAUCGCAGGGUAAAUAUUAAGCUUUAUCAUCAUUGAUGAAUUUUAAAUACAUUAAUGCAGUGUAAUUUUAAUUACUUCCGAUAUUCCGGUGUUCGGCAUCCGAUUUUCCGGAGUAAUAUUACAAGCUUCCGAUAGUCCGGAGCCAGUUCUUCUCCCGAUUUUCCGGAGUAAUGUGAUCGCCAUAUAGCCUUUCUUAUAAGGAAGCGCGAUUCACAUCUUAUGUUUAGCUCACGAUGUUCCGGAGCUACUCUACUAUCUAAACGUACUUCCGAUUGAUCCAGAGUUACUUCUUUACGACUACACUGCAGUUUCUGAAAUCUAAGUUUAAAUAGUUCCCGAUAUUUGAAUCUUACAUACACUGCGAUUGUAUUUUUAGUAUCAUGUUUUAGAAUUUAUGUCAGCCAUGGCCAUAUCUUGCCAAAAUAUCAUUAAACAUAAAUAAGUUAAACAUCUUUGUUUUUUGUCCCUCUU